AUGCUCACGGGAAAGGGAACGAGGCCCAGCGUGGGCACCGAGCUCCACCCCAUCUCCACGUCCUCGCCUCUGCCUUUACAGGUGCUGCGCUCUGCCCAGGGACCCCUCACCCUUGUUUGGGAAGGGCUUGUGGCCUGGGCAGUGCCCCUCACACCCUCCUGCUGGCUGGCCCGAGUCCAGACUCCUCAGCCAGCCGGCUGCCUGCGCCCCUCAGCUGGGCUGGCCGGGGGCUGCUUGUUCCUGCUUGCGGGGGUCCCAAGAAGGCAGCCCUGCGUGUUGCCGCCAUGGUGCGAGGCCCACCCCGUGUCUGCUCCUGCAGGGGAGGACCGCCUUGGAAGGCAGAUCAUCGCGUUCAGCUGCUGCCGGAUGCCCCCCUCCCAUGAGCUCGACCACAGGCGUCUGCUGGAGUAUUUGAAGUACACGCUGGACCAGUAUGUGGAGAGCGAUUACAUCAUCGUCUACUUCCACUAUGGGCUGAACAGCCGGAACAAGCCGUCCCUGGGCUGGCUCCAGACCACCUACAAGGAGUUUGACAGGAAGUACAGAAAGAACCUGAAGGCCCUCUACGUCGUGCACCCCACCAACUUCAUCAAGGUCCUGUGGAACAUCUUCAAACCCCUCACGAGUCACAAGUUUGGGGAAAAAAUCACCUAUUUCAACUAUGUGAGUGAACUCCGUGAAUACCUCGAGGAUGACCAGCUGACAAUCCCCCCGGAAGUUCUGCGGUAUGACGUGAAGCUCCAGAACCUGCGCAAGGGCCCGCCACCACUUCCUGCGAGGACGCCACCGCCACGGCCCCCUCUGCCCACCCAGCAGUUUGGCGUCAGUCUGCAAUACCUCAAAGACAAAAAUCAAGGUGAGCUCAUCCCCCCUGUGCUGAGGUUCACAGUGACGUACCUGCGAGAGAAAGGACUCCAUGCUGAGGGCCUGUUCCGGAGGUCUGCCAGUGUCCACACCGUCCGAGAGAUCCAGCGGCUCUACAACCAAGGGAAGCCCGUGAACUUCGACGACUAUGGGGACAUUCACAUCCCUGCCGUGAUCCUGAAGACCUUCCUGCGGGAGCUGCCCCAGCCGCUGCUGACCUUCAGGGCCUACGAGCAUAUUCUCAGCAUCACCAGUGUGGAGAGCAGCCUGCGCGUGACCCACUGCCGCCAGAUCCUGCAGAGCCUUCCGGAACACAACUAUGCUGUCCUCAGCUACCUCGUGGACUUCCUGCAUGAGGUGUCCCGGGAGAGCAUUUUUAACAAAAUGAACAGCUCCAACCUGGCCUGUGUCUUCGGGCUGAAUCUAAUCUGGCCGUCCCAGGGGGCGUCCACCCUGAGUGCCCUGGUGCCAGUGAACCUGUUCACCGAGCUGCUGAUCGAGUACUGUGGGGCGGUGUUCAGCGCCCAGGAGGCAGACGGGGAGCUCAGCCGGUGCACCGCCAGGGCGGAGGAGCGGGGCCCACCCUUGGCCAGCGGCUGUGCCCAAGACAGACCCUCCGGAGGCCUCACCCACCUGCCGGGCCUCCCCAACCCCUGGCAGCGGCCGGGAGACUCCACUAGUGCUGGAAUGUUGCCUUAAAGUCAUCUGUGUGCUCGUGUGUUUUGUCAACUUGCCAUUAAACGAACUUCUAGGGAUCCUUCUA